AUGUCACUUCUCUUAGCGUGCCGACGCUCUCCGUGGAACAACAGGGUUCCCAUCAGACAACAAAGUCCGUCUCCCUACCAUCAGCGGCGUAUGCGUAGGCUGGUGGACCUUGGUGUAUCAGUGAAGCAUACACGUGAUGAGGACGUCGUUGGCGACUCGGAUCAGAUUCCUAUCGAGGAUGAGUUAGCGAUGACGUUCAAACCCCAGGAACCACACUACCUUCAACGCAACUGGAAGUGUUUUGACGCCGCCAUACUGGUCGUAGGGGUGAAUGUCUCUCCGCGCCUUAUACCUUCGGUCGAAGAGAGGAGCCGAAUCGCGGGCAACAGUAGAUUUGCAAGGCAGGGAUCUCCUGCGCUUGUGGAAGAGUCUCGGCCGCAGUGUCACCAAAUUCCGAUCCCGCUGGGGAACUGGCGCGCUGCGAGAGACGCCGGCUGCCUACAUCCCAGCAGCCCGCUCCUGCCAGCGCGCGGUUCGUCGACAUCGCCGCAUGGGGUAUCGGCAGAGCAUCGAAAAACAACAACUCGCGCAAGAAUCCAAUUUUUGAAAUCACGCCACAUCGCAACGCCCUAGGCGUCUGAAAUUAAUAUAAGUUUCUCCCUGCGACAGCGGCUAUCUUGCGAUACCAAUUUUAUUGCUGUAUCGCGGCGA